GCUGUAUUCAAUGCGGUCGCCGUCGCUGUUGCCUUCUCUCGGCGCCGGGUUGUCACAACUCACUCCUUCUGGGAUUACAGAAGCAUCGUUGUGAACCGCGUUGGGACGUGUCUGCGUGUCCGGGUGGCAACAACUGACGUCCACGCGCCGAGAUGGUGAUGAUGAGACUGCAUUUGCCUCUCUCUCAGCGUCAGCCUGAUCAACACGCCACCCGGCCAGCUCCACCGGAAUGCCGUGGCCGCGCUUGUAGGUGUGAAACGUACGAUGCCGACCAUGACGAUGGAUCGAUUCACUUUAAAUUUGCUUUGCGCGGAUUUCGCCUGGUUGGAUACCGUGUAGGCGCUGCCUCUUAAGCCCCUUGAGAGGGAGAGGAACGGCGCUCACCCCUCCCUCUCUCCGGUGAGGAUCCUACGGCGCUCUUUCCUUCUAUCUCCUUUCUCUCCUUCGUUACUCCCUCCCUUGUACGCUGCAAGACGGCGCAAGCGCAGUGCGCUCCCACAAGACACAAUCCACUCGUUCUCCGGACAGAACAUCCCCCAAUCAUCAAUCUCAUCUAAGCGCCUCCUCACCUAACAAUAUCCCAAGAUGGCCGCACGUCACUUCGCCCCACUCUUAGGACUCGCUGCGUCAGCCGCAGCGCAAAUAAUGGCUGGAACCUCACUUGUCCCAAUGCCGGCUGCUACCGCUGUUUCAUCUCUUCCGACAGACGCAGCAAAUGGAUACUCUCCGUCUAGCGCCUCGUCCUCUGCUCCAACGGCUGGGUCCGGCUCUGGUUCAGGUUCGGGCUCUGGGUAUGGAGGGUCAGGUUAUGGAGGUUCUGGAAACAACUGGAACGGCAACUCCGCUGCUCAACCGCAGGUCACUCAGCCCCCAUCGAUGGGCGGCUGGAACAUGCCCAACGACCAAAGCCAGUACUCGUGGUUCACUCAAGGAGGUUACAGUAGCAUGGCGUGUGGAUACGGGUGGCAGAAGGAUAACUCGGGGCGGUGUACAUCUCAGAGCUGGUGGGAAUGGGAGGGCUGCUACGAGACCGUCAUCAUCAAUGAGACGGAGCUCUGCUCAGCUGAAACAGUUACUUCGUGGGACGUUUCCACUCGCACCGAGACAUGUACUGUCACAAGCACCGAGCACGACACCUCCAUCGUCACCAACACUGCUACUGCGACCGUAACUGAUGUCAAGACGUUGAUAAACACCGUCACGGAGCACGACACCAUGACCGUCACGUGGACAAGCACCAAGGUAGUCCCCACCACUGUGAUCAACACCGUGACAAGCACCGACUUAAUGACCAAGACUGUCACCUCGACGCAGACCGUUACCUACACGCAGCCGACGACAAUCGUGCAGACCAAGGCAUUCACCGAGCUCGUCACCGACGUGGUCACACAGACAGCUACCAAGACGCAAGACGUGUUCGUCACCCAGGCAUUCACAGACCUUGUUACGGACGUCGUUACCCAGACCCAAACAGUGCUCGUUCCGACUACCAAGGUCUGGGUCAGCACGGAGGUCAUCGACCAGACCCAGGUCUUGUACCACACCCUCACCGCCACGCAAACGGUGCAAGUUGUUCAGACAGCCGUUGUAACACAGGCCUUCACUGACGUGCGGACCGAGGUCGAUACUCAGACGCUCACAGUCGACCAUGUACAAGUCCAAACCCAGCUCGAGACCGCCACCGUGACCGCCACAGCCGUUGAAGCGGAACUCGUCACCCAGACGCUGCUCGCGACAACGGUUGUGCCCACGACAGUCGUCGAGACCCAAACGGUGUCUGUUGCAGCGGCCGCGGCAGCGCAGGCGGUCCAGACCGAAGUUGUUGUGUGCUUCGAGCAAUGCUCUAGCCAGUGGUGGGGCAGCUCUAGCUGGUCAUGGGACGGCUCUGGAUCGAGCGGCAGCUCUAACACCUGGUCGCCCUCAUCAAGCAACAACAACAACUACGGGUCGUCAAGCUCGUCCAGCUCCAGCUACGGGACAGGAAGCAGCGGCAGCAACAACUACGGCAGCGGCUCGUACAAGCGCUCCGACCCAUCGUAUGAAUCCGGAUCUCCCAGCUCUGGCUCAUCAUCCUCGUACGGCUCGGGCUCGUCUAACUCAUGGUCCAACUACCCGCCGCCUUCCUCUUGGUCGUGGAACGGUUAUGGCUGCACCGGUUCAUCUUGCUGCUCUGCUCCUCCCGAAGUGAUCACCUGCACGCUCAAGUGCCAGGCGGUGCAGCCUAGCACCAGCUGGUGGUCCGCCGGUUGCUCAGGGCCGGGGUGCAGUAGCCUACCGCCGGACAUGCAAUCCUGGGGCGGCAGCGGGUCGAGCAAUAGCACCAACAGCUCCAGUAGCACGGGCGGCAGCGGUAGCGGUAGCUGGAACGGCUCAGGAGCCAUCAGCAGCAACCCGAACGAUGCCAUGCCUCUGGCCGUGCCGAUGGGCUUCUCCAACGCUGCUUGGGUCAAUAUCCCUCGUAGCAGCGAUCUCGACGUUACGUCCGCCCCGGCCGCCAGGGCUAAGAGAUCGUGGCGCUCACGGUCAUAACCAUCCUAGACUGUCCUCCCUCCCGUUUCCGUUCACUUAUUCACGAACUGAUGUUUCCUUCUGCCUGAGCCUUCCGGACCCUGACCCGAAUUUCCUCUCAAAC